AUGAGUGACAAACUUAUUUCUGAACCCAAGGUUCGAGGCGCGAAUAGGUCUACAAAGGUCGCUGGUAAACUUAAAGUCUUACCCGAGCAACCUGAGCCUGCCUCAGUCGAUGCCAACAGGAGCAGAGGCAAACGCAUAGACGGUGCCGAAACCUUGGAUGAAGGAAUUUAUACGACAGGCACUACUGGAGAUAGCGAUGAGGGGGAUAUUGAUGACGAUUCAGCGACAGACGAAGUGGAAGAUGUUGAGGUAUACAAUCAGAUAUCUCUCAUUCCGGACGGGAAAGCGCGCAGAGAUGCACUGAGGCUGACCAAAAAGAAAGCGAAAUCAUUACCUAGAGUCACUGCUUAUGCGACUGCGACGUCUUUUCGUAUGGACGAUGUGCUAAAAUUCUUCAAUGCCCGUCAAAAUGCAUAUCAUACCAAUCCAAAGCUCAUAGACGAAGUAAUCUAUUCCCCGUACGCAUAUCAAAUUUCAGCGUCUACCAAUGUGGAUGCGUCAACGCAGGCCAGCCGAGUGGGGGACCUCCUCGGGGUAGAGGAGUUACGGCUGCAAGAAGGGGAUGAGCUUCGGACUAUCAAGAAAAAGAAUAAAUUUGGAUCCUCCCCCACCGAAGCAGAGAUAUUUGUAUUCGAAUACGGCACAGUAGUUAUAUGGGGCAUGUCUGAAGCGCAGGAAAAGCGCUUCUUGUCUUCUCUGAAGAGAUUUGAGGUUGAAAAACUCUCACCUGAAGAUGCCGAAAUGGAAGACCUCAAUUAUUACUACGCCAACUAUAGUCGAAUAUAUAACGACGUAAUCACGCUACGGAAAGGCUCGGGUUACAUGACUAAACUAUCAUUAUCCCAUGCCUUAUCGCAAUCAGUCAAGAUAUCACUUUUCGAGAAGUUAAUAUCCAACACCAUCGAAGAAACUAAGGAUAUUCCAGAACUCAUCAGCGAAACAGGCAAAAUAGGGAUGCCGCAUAAUGAGAUCAUGCAGCAGAUUGGCCAACUCUUCCUCCUGAGGACGAACAUCAACUCUGUUGGUUCUGUUCUUGAUUCACCUGAAGUAUUCUGGAGUUUUCCAGACCUACAACCACUGUAUGAUGCUGCUCGAAGCUACUUGGAGAUCCCUCAACGGAUCAAUCUUCUCAAUACGCGUGUGGAGGUGUUACAAGAUAUGCUCCAACUUUUGAAGGAGUCUGUUUCUAGCAAGCAUGCCGAACGACUCGAACAGAUCGUAAUAGCUUUAAUCGCAAUUGAAAUCGUUCUAGGUAUAGUCACCAUCCUGGUCGAUCUUUUGGCGUAA